CUACUCCUCCUCCAUCUUGUCCCUCCGUGUUCGGUUUUGAGAAUCCCGCAGAUCAAAGCCUCUGACACUCCCAGAACACUCUUGUCAUCCCGUCUCUCGCUCCGUUAUCUCGGACAGAGAUCUGGGAUUCUCAGGAAGACGGAUUGUGGCGGGGUUGGGGAGGGUGUCCUGCAUCAAGGUCGCAAGGGGCACCCAGCACCCGAGGAGAGACCAUGCUUGAGAGGAGGAGGGGGAGCCUCCGGAAGGUGUUCUUGUCAACAAGGAGCCAGGAACUGUGGGGAGUGGGCGCAGGGGUGAGGACCGAGGAGGGUGUGGAAGGGGUUGGGAGAGGAGAUGCCUUGAGUCAAUAUAUUAGGAAUAAAGGGAGCCAAGUUACUCAAUGUCUAUGAUGGGAUUUAUAGAUGUGCAAAGGGAUUUGACGAGGAUAAACUCUGAGGUGUUCCACUGGAUUUGGAAAUGGAAGUGUAAUUUCAUCUUGAAAAAAUAACCUAUAUGUGGAAACUGAAAAAUAAAAUGAAUGAGAAGAAAUAGAACAAACUAGUAGUUCCCAGUGGGGAGAGGAAGGGGGAUGGGAGAGGCAAGAUAGCAGUAGGAUAUUAAGAGAUACAAACUAAUAUAUGCAAAACAAAUAUGAGAACGGAUUGUCCAGCACAGGGAACAUAGCUGGUAUUCCACCAGGUCCAUCUAUUUAAAAAACUAGAAGUGCCAGGCAACACUUACUCUUCGUUGUUGGCGCCUCCAUGUCUCGUACGGGAGGGAACAAACAGUGCAUACUGGACAACAGAGCUCCUGAGGCUGAAGAUCCUGAAAGUGGGGUCUAAGAGGCAGACCCCUUUUUAUUCACACAAAGGGCCCUAGAGAUGAGCCCAUGCCUGCACUACAACCCCUGCCUUCCUUGGCUCUGGUCAUGCGUUCCUCUGGUCCCUGGAUUUAGAUGCGGUGGAACCACACAACCACGGGUCUUGGGUGGAACCACUGGCAUUGGGUCCCCCUCUCACAGGAAGCCCACCCCAGCCACUGUGUGAACCUCAGGGGGAGACACCUCCGUACUGUACUUUACGUUGUCAGAUCUAUCAUCUCUAUGCUCACGAUUCACAAUUAUUUCCAGCCUUGCUUCUUUCCUGAGGACCAGCCUCACAUAACCAAGGACCUGUGAGCAUUUCUACCUGUCCAACCAGGAGGCAUGUCAGUGUCACCUGGACCCAUCCUCAAUCUCUCCCAUAGAGCUGAUGUUCUCCCAAUGUUCUUGCCUCCAAAACAUCCAACAGCUGUUCUCAGUGCUUCCCUUCCCCAUGUUCUCACGCCGAUGUCUAGAGUCACGGAUGGAUGGAUGGAGUUUUGUAUUAUGUGUGCAUGUGUCUGUUGGUUUUUCCUGAGGUCCAGCUGAUUGAGAACAUAGGAGUCGUUUCAGAUAAACAACAUGGUGAUUCACUAUUUUUACAGCUUAGACUCAAUGUCAAGUGUUCAUGAGAUAUUAAUGAAGUUCAUGACUUAGAGCCACUCUCCAUCUCCACCAUCUUCAUCGGCUACCGUGAAAACAGGACGAGGCUAUCUCGAGAGUGGAAAAACCACACUUCAGUCUCUCUAGUAAACGGAUGUUUCAAAGGAACUUUUGAAAAUGGGGAAGAAAACCCUUUCACAAUGUCACUGCUCAGUUCGAAAGGCCAUGGGUGAGGGACAGAUACUUAAAUGGAGGCCAGGUUUUUCAGUAACGUGACUCACUGUCCCCUAAGUCUGAGGACGAAUCACAGGAGGAGGAAGCGGUUCUGUCCAAGAAAGCAGGAGCACCAACGAGGCAUGAAUGACUGAGGGGCUUGUCCCCAGGAGGGGGGUGUAGAUGCUGUUGCAGGAAAGGAGAAGUCAGAGGUGGGUGUGGGAAAAAAAAAGCCACAGACUGAGCUGGGAGUCCUGUUUCCUUCCCUCAUGCCCUUGACUUCUCCUCUGCGCUCACGGCCGCGCUGACCUACACUGAGCUGCACUUAGAUGCUAGAUGUGCGUCUCUAAUGACCUGAGCUCUGCAGGGCAGGGGGAACCUACAUUUAUCUGAAGCAUCUCCAGGACUGGUGACCCCUGUCCACGCGGAGGAGCCACAGGGAUGUGCUGAUGGACGGGCGGAGGAGGAAGGAGACCCCAAGGGGAGGCUCUGAGAGGGAGGACACAGCCUGGUCACCUAUGCCUGGAAGGGGCACCAGGUUUGUCAUGGACACAAGCACCAGGCUCCCAGGAAGAGGCAGUUCCCCCUUCUGUGGGGAUGCGGACGUGACAGCCCAGUGACAGGCACCAGCCUCCGAGGGGCCACACCCUGCAGUCUGUGUGUCCUGAGGGCGCUGGGCUCUCCUCCAGCUGCACAGCCUGGACCACGGGGAGGAGACGCCAUGACCCCCACACUCCCGGGCCUGCUCUGCCUCGGGCUGAGUGUGAGCCUGGGGACCCAGGUGCAGGCAGGGACCCUCCCCAAACCCACCCUCUGGGCUGAACCAGGCCCUCUGGUCACCUGGAAUAGCUCUGUGACCAUCUGGUGUCAGGGGACCCUGGGGGACCAGAAGUUCCAUCUGGUUAAAGAGGGAAGGCAAACUCCCUGGGACCGACUGAGCCCACUGGAGGCUGGGGACAAGGCCAAGUUCUCCAUCCCGUACAUGACCCAGGACUACACAGGGAGGUACCGCUGUUACUGUAUCAGCCCCUCUGGCAGGUCAGAGCCCAGUGACACUCUGGAGCUGGUGGUGACAGGAGCCCACAGAAAACCCGCCCUCUCAGCCCUGCCCAGCCCUGUGGUGGCCUCAGGAGGGAACGUGACCCUCCAGUGUGGCUCACAGGACAGAUAUGACAGGUUCAUCCUGACUAAGGAAGGAGAACACAAGUCCUCCUGGACCCUGGACACACAGCAACACCCUAAUAGGCAGACCCGGGCCCUGUUCCCUGUGGGCCCCGUGACCCCCAGCCACAGGGGGACGUUCAGAUGCUAUGGCUCUUUCAGAGACAAACCCCAGGUGUGGUCAGAACCCAGUGACCCCCUGGAGCUCCUGGUCUCAGGGGGCUCUGGGAAGCCCUCCCUCCUGACCCCGCAGGGCCCUGUCGUGGCCUCUGGACAGAGCCUGACCCUCCAGUGUCGCUCUGCCAUCAGCUAUGACAGGUUCGCUCUGGCCAAGGAGGGGGCACGGGUCCUCCGCCAGCGCCCUGCCUGGCAGCCCCAGGCUGGGCUCUCUCAGGCCCACUUCCCCCUGGGCCAGGUGAGCGGCCUCCAUGGGGGCCGGUACAGAUGCUAUGGUGGACACAACCUCUCCUCCCUGUGGUCGGCCCCCAGUGACCCCCUGGACAUCCUGGUGGCAGGAUGGUUCCCUGCCACACCCUCCCUCUCGGUGCAGCCGGGCCCCUCGGUGGCCGCAGGACAGAACGUGACCCUGCUGUGUCGGUCAUGGGUUCCCAUGGACACUUUCCUUCUGUCCAAGGAGGGGGCGGCCCACCCCCCGCUGCGUCUUAGGUCACAGCCCCGAGCUGGGCAGAACCAGGCCCAGUUCUCCAUGGGUCCUGUGACCUCGGCCCAUGGGGGCACCUACAGGUGCUACGGCUCACUCAGCAGGGACCCCUACCUGCUGUCACAGCCCAGUCAGCCCCUGGAACUCGAGAUCUCAGGACCAGCAGACACCAUCCGCCCAUCACAAAACCAGCCAGAUCCCACGAGCGCCUCUCCCCGACAAGACUACACAGUGGGGAACAUCGUCCGGAUGGCCGUGGCUGCCCUGAUCCUGCUGGGCCUUGGGAUUCUGCUCUUUGAAGUUCAACAUGGCCAUGGAGGAACCCAAGACGCAGCCAGGAGCUGAGCACAGAGGCCACAGGGCACCAUCCAGAGGGCACAGCCUUGGCAAUGAGCCGAUGGGCCCAGGAGGUUCUGGAAGAGAAUCCGCAGUGUUGUGAGAACUGCCUGCUGAGACCGUGGAGUGAGAGAUGGGGUGUGGGUGUCGGGGGAGGACUGGGGAGUCCCCGUGCAAGGCUCUGCCUCUGUUAAACCGAGGUGCUCUCCCCCUCCUUGGACGCCUCUCCCUGACGGCCUGUCUUCUCUCACCUGGGACAUGAGGUGCAGCCCACAUGGCAGGUGUGUGCCCAAACCUGAAACACCUGCGUGCUCUGGUCCAAUUUCAUGGGGGAUAUUUGUCUUUUAAUUUAAUUCCACAUUCCCUGAGAUGUACUACUGACCUCCACCUCUGCAGCCAGAAGCAAAAGAUGGUUUAAAGAACUGAACUAGAGAAAAAAUGAUUGAGAGAGAAAAAUAAACGAAUAAAUAAAAAUAAAUAAAAAACUGAACAAGUGACGAAAAAUCAGGUACUCUUUGGAACGGAUGAAUCCAAAACGAUUCCCUUAAGCCCUUUCUGGAAUCUCCAGCCCUCCCCUCCUCAUCACAUGUCACCCAGUGCAGUUCUUCCAGAAGCACCUGCACUUUGCAGGGACACCCUGGUGUUUGAGGUGACAGCCAGGUGCCGUGCUGAUAAAUGGACCCUAAGAAUAUGUCAUUUGUCAAAAGCCCAUCCUCGUGGCCUUUGUCUCUCUUUAGACUAUCUCUUUCUGGCCACCGUCAGGGUGCCCGUGCAAAUGCACUGAAGGCAGAGGUGGGAAGCAGGGAAGAGAGUUGUGUGAUGGGACUUCCUGUCGGGGCUCAGGGGUAGUGAAUCUCAUGAGUAUCCAUGAGGACACAGGAUCCAUCCCUGGCCUUGCCCAGUGGGUUAAGGAUCUGGUGUGGCUGUGACCUGUGGUGUAGGCAGGCAGCUGAAGCUCCAAUUUGACCCCUGGUCCAGGUACCAUGGGUGCGGCCAUAAAAGCAAAUAUAUAUAUGUAUUUAUAUAAAUUAAAAAUUUCUUCAAGUCCACAAAAAGUAAAUGCUGGGAGGCUGUGGAGAAAAGGGACCCCCCCCUACGGUGCUGGUGGGAAGGUAACUUGGUGCAGCCACCAUGGAGAACAGUAUGGGGGUUCCUCAGAAAACUAAAUGUAGAACCACCACAGGACCCAGCAAUCCCACUCCUGGGCAUCUAUCCAGGGAAAACCACCAUUUGAAAAGAUCCACGCACCCCCGUGUCCAGCGCAGCCCCAUUUACAACAGCCAACCUCGUGGCCGUCGGCAGAGGAGGGAGAAGAAGACGCGGUACGUGGAUACGUGGAUACGACGGGUGAGGCUCAGGGAGGGAAGCCGAAUGGAAGAGUGCUGUUUGCAGCAACACACAUGGACCUCGAGACGCGCACACGGAGGUCAGUGACUCAGACAGAGAAAGACAGAGAGCAUGUGACAGACAGCCCGGACACAGGGAAUCUCGGUUUUAACAUGGUAUCAAUAAUGCAUUUACAAAACAGACACAGACGGACACAACAGAAAUCAAACUUCAGGUUUCCAAUGGAGAAAUGUUGGGAGAGGAAUCAGGCAUUUGGGACUAACCCACAUGCACUAUUCCACAGACAGUAACAACCAUCAGGGAGCCUGAAAGGCACAGGGCCAUCCACUCAAUCAUCUGGAAUAAACUGUAUGCUAAAGAACUGGAGGAGUUGCCUCUGGGGGCACCCACAGCGAGUGAAGGGCCCAACUUGUCUCCAUGAGGAUGUGGGUUGGAUCCCUGGCCUGGAUCAGUGGGUUAACUACCCGG